UAAAAACCCACACAUCAAUUUCUGAUUUGUCAACACCAUUAUAACUUGGCAACGAAGUAAAACAUUGCUACAAGAAGGGAAGGAAAAGAAGUUUUUUGGAAGAAAUGAAGCUCGUUUGGUCCCCUGAAUCUGCCCUAAAGGCCUAUGUCGAAACUGUUAAAUCAUGUGAGCUUUGUCGUGAAUCCAGUGUGGCUGAGCUUGUUUCGGCCAUGGCUGCAGGAUGGAACGCUAAACUUAUCGUAGAAACGUGGUCACAAGGUGGAGUUAUUACCACAAGCGUUGGCUUGGCCAUUGCAAGCCGUCUCACAGGUGGAAGACACGUUUGUAUAGUCCCUGAUGAACAGUCAAGAUCCAAAUAUGCAGAAGCCAUGGAGAAGGCUGGGAUGUCACCAGAAAUCGUUGUUGGGCAACCAGAGGAGGUUAUGGAGAGGCUAGAAGGCAUUGAUUUCGUGGUGGUGGACUCGCGGCAAAAGGAGUUUGCUAGAGUGUUGAGGCUAGCAAAGCUCAGCAACCAAGGUGCAGUUCUGGUGUGCAAGAACGCUAGCUCAAGAAGUUCAAGUUUCAGAUGGAGAGCAGUUGUUGAAGGAGGGUCCCGGCGACUGGUCAGGUCUGUGUUUCUGCCGGUCGGAAAGGGACUUGAUAUCGCGCAUGUAGCUACAAGUGGGGGAAAUUCAGGAUUAAGCAAGGGAGGCAAAAGAUGGAUCAAGCACAUAGAUGCACAAUCUGGGGAGGAACAUGUCAUCCGAAAGUAGUUUCCCAGAGGAGAUGAUGAACUUAUUUCUUGCUGGUUUUUCAGAGAAUUUAAACUUGUAAAUACUUUUUCUUCUGCUUCCCCUUUUUGCCUCUCCUUUUAGACUUGGAAAGGUUUCUGUUCAUAGAUAUGAUUCGUAUGAUCCCCAAAAGAUAUGAUUUCAUUUUCACCAUCUAGAUUUCAUGUGUAAAGUUAUUUGCCCUUGCCCA